AUGGCCCCAUCCACCACCGUCCCAUCGCACCAAGAUAUCUUCCCUCCCGAGACUCUUCUCAAGAAGAGAAAGACCUCUGAGGAGCUCCUUGCCAAGAAGAAGGAGGCUGCCGUUGCUAAGAAGGCCGCCAACAAGGAGAAGAGAAAGGUCAUCUUCGAGAGAGCCGAGAAGUACGUCAAGGAGUACCGUGACAAUGAGAGAGAGCAAAUCCGUCUUAAGCGUGCUGCCAAGGCCGACGGUAGCAUCUACGUUCCUGCUCAAGAGAAGCUUGUUUUUGUUAUCCGUAUCAAGGGUAUCAACAAGAUCGCUCCCAAGCCCCGUAAGGUCUUGCAAUUGCUCAGACUCCACCAAAUCAACAACGGUGUUUUCGUCAGACUCACCAAGGCCACUGCCGAGCUUUUGCGCAUUGUCGAGCCCUACAUUGCCUACGGUUACCCCAACUUGGCCUCUGUCCGUCAACUCGUUUACAAGCGUGGAUACGGUAAGGUCAACAAGCAACGUGUCGCUUUGACCGACAACGCCAUCAUCGAGGAGUCUCUUGGCAAGUACGGCAUCAUCUGUGUCGAGGAUCUCAUCCACGAAAUCUACACUGUCGGCCCCCACUUCAAGCAAGCCUCUAACUUCUUGUGGCCCUUCAAGCUCUCCAACCCCUCUGGCGGCUGGGGUGUUCGCAGAAAGUUCAAGCACUUCAUCGAGGGUGGUGCUUUGGGCAACCGCGAGGAGAACAUCAACGCUCUCAUCAAGGCUCAAAACUAA